UCUUAUCACUUCAUUCUUCAACUCAUCUAUUAUAUACUCCCAUGAGGACUAGCAAUAUACAAAUACUUUCGAAACUAUUUACUUACAAGAAACUGAAUCUGGAUCGAAACUCUGUCUUUAUGAUCUGUUAAGAGAGGUAACUCCCUGCUAACACAUUAAGAACAACUGAAAACUUUAUGACACAGGCUACGCAUAAGUAACUGAGUGACAGAAGGAUAUUGAUAGACUUAAAUAGAAACUGUUUCCCUGUAGCAAGUACAGGCCGAGUAGGCCAAGGAGUGUUUAACUUAACAGAACCAGAAAAAGAAAUGAGUGAUUUAGAGUCUUAUGGAGUGACAGCACUAAGUCUAGCGUCAGAACAAGGUCAUUUGGAUAUAGUGGAAUGUUUAGUGAAGAAUGGAGCAGAUAUAAAUGCUCAAGACGUAGCUGGGGUUACUUCCCUUGUCUUGGCAUGCCAUCAUGGACAUACGGCUGUUGUUUCAUUCCUGAUUGGGAACAAUUCUUAUAUAAACACCGCAACAUUCGACGAAUGGACAGCCCUGUUGAGUGCAGCUCAAAAUGGUCAUUCAGAAAUUGUCCGAAUGUUAGUCAGUCACGGGGCGGAUGUGAAUUUAAAGAGAAGUGAUGGCUGGACAGCGCUGAUGAGUGCUGCACAAAACGGUCACAGUGACGUUGUCAAUGUCUUAAUCGAUGCUGGCGCCGAUGUUCAGAUCCAAACUGACUAUGAACUGACACCGCUCUUUAUGGCAUCACAGAAUGUACAGCAGCUGAUCAAAUAUGGUGAAUAUGUCAACGUCAGAUGUCAUCAAGGGCUAACACCUCUCAUGACAUCUGCACAACACGGUCACAUGCAUGUUUCAGAAUAUUUAAUUGAAUCUGGGGCAAAUAUUAAUGAACAAAAUGAUGGUGGUAUCACCGCCCUGAUGCUAGCCUCCUAUAAAGGUCAUACAGAUACAGUUAGUCUACUAUUCAACUAUAAUGCAAAUAUAUUGAUCAAAGAUUCGAAAGACCAAACAGCUCUGACCUACGCUGUCAAAUACAAUUAUUUCAAAGUCGUGGACGCCAUUUUAAGUCAUUGUCUAUAUUUAGAUUCAGGCACAAAACAUUUUGUUGAUAUUAACACAUCUGUAGGUCAGACAACAUUGAUGCUCGCUGCCAGAAAUGGAAAGUUGGAAAUAAUGGGUCUCCUCAUUGAAAAUGGCGCGAAUACUGAUGCAGAAGGCAAAGACGGACGUACGCCACUUCUGAUUGCAUCGGAACAAGGUCAUAUUUCAGCAGUUCAGUUACUUCUAAGACAUAAGGCCAAUGUGAACAAGACAGAUCAAAGUGGCCUGACUGCCUUGAUGAUUGCCUCCAAAAAUAAACAUACCAAAACAUGUAAACUACUUAUUCACGCAGGGGCGUCGCUGAGCAUGAAAGACCCAGAUGGCUGGACGCCUCUGAUGUUUGCUUGUCAAAAUGCUCAUCGAGACUUUUUAUAUUUGAUUCGUGAGUCCAAAUCAAGUUUUGAUGAGACUACACCUGAUGGUACUACUGUUUUAAUGCUGGCUUCUCAAAAUGGUCACUCCGAGCUCGUGAAAUGCCUUAUUGAGUUUAAUGUGGAUAUUAACAGGUCAAAUGCUAAUGGCUGGACAGCGCUAAUGCUUAGUUGUCAUUAUGGUCGAAACGACGUGGUAAAAAUGCUUACUGACGCUGGUGCAGACGUGGAUAAAACUGACCUAGAUGGCUGGACAGCUAUAAUGUUUGCUUCCCUGGGCGGUCAAGUGGAAACAGUUCGACUGCUCUUAAAAUCGAAAGCAAGGAUAAACCUGUUAAGUAAAGAUGGCUGGAGUGCAUUGAGCAUUGCCUCCUACAAUAAACACCUUGAAAUCAUCAAACUACUGUUGGAAUGUGGAGCCAUGAUAGUGUAUUGUCUGCAGGGGAAAAUGUUCACUUUCGACCCCAACAAUUUCUUAAUAUCUCAUGAAUAUUCCGAGAAUUUUGAUUCGAGUUUUUAAUGCAGACCUUUUGGAUGACUAAGCUUUGAAUUCCCGUUUGACGAAUGAGCGUGGGGCUCCAUAAAAGAUGGGUCGUCAAGAAACUCUGAUUAAGACACAGAUUCUAGGAGUGUCAAAGUGUAUAUAGUCUAACUAAAACUGCAGUGGACCACUAGAAAUUGUAUUAGAAAGUGUACCGAAAAUUGAAGUAAGUCUAUCUAAUCAAACUAGAAAUGAGCAAUGAGCAUCCAGAGCACAUCAUUCAACUAUUCUCUCCUCCCUUCGUUCUUAGCUUCUUGAACUCUUUCUCUCCGUAAUUAUUUUCCCACGUUUUGAAGGAAUUCUUCAUUUGCUUAUUUACUAUUUCACUACCCCUGUUAUGAUUGGGCUUCAAUAGCUUUGUUGUUUUUUAUCAGAAAAUGUUGUAUUUGGUAAAGAAUUAAAGGGAAAUGCAAGCUCAUUUUAUAUCAUUCGAAGUCAAGUUUAAAAAAUUAAACAUUAAUUUAAUUUAAUGAGGUCAAAAUCAACGAUGGUAUCGUCGAUUAGGAGAGAAAGAGUUAAGUUUGUUUUGACUUCUGUUGACUGUAUGGUGUACUUGAUGGAGUAGAGAGGAACCUGCAAGCCAUUCAAUGAUUAGCAAGAGACCGUGGAGAGUGUGGCCCUUUAUUCUAAGAGGAACGCAGGAACUAAUGAUGAUGUUGGUGUAGCAGAAUCAAGACACAAGUGUUUAAGUUUACCAUCACAGGUAAAAAGUUUGAGUGAUUCACUUUCUUGACCUUAUGAGGAAGACACCCAGAGGAGAACGAUCAUUUUCGUUUGCUACUGUUAUUCAAAUCACAUUGUCAUGGAUCACAUGUAAUCUUAUAGAAGAUGUUGACCAUAACACAUGCAGAUUAUUAAUUUUCAUAUUAAUUAAAA